AAUGAAAAUGCCCUUGUGAAAAUACAGGAGUUAGGAGUCGAGCUUGCAAAGAUCAGGGAUGAAGUUGCCCUCAACACAGCGAGACAGAAGAAACUAGAGAGCGAGAAGGAGGAGCUGGAGAAGCGCUUUGAGGAGGAGGUGAAGCAGCUUCGCGGGCAGAAGCAGGAGGAGCUGCAGGCGCUGGAGCAGCAGCUGCAGGAGGUGUACAACGCCGAGAGGGAGACCCUGCAGGAGCAGCACAGCCUGCAGCUGGAGCAAGUCAAGUUGCAGCAUCAGGAUCAGGUGGAAGAUAUCACAGCUGCACACGAAGCUGCAAUAUUACAGUUGGAAAAUAACCACAUAGUCACCAUUACAGUACUGCAGGAUGAGAAUGACUGCAAGAUUCAAGAACUGAAUAGCACUCACCAACUGGAAAAGGCACAAUUAGAAGAGGAUUUUGAAAAACUGCGGCUGUCACUCCAGGACCAGAUAGACACCCUCAUCUUCCAGAACCAAUCUCUUAAGGCCAAAGCAGACCGAUUUGAAGAAGCUCUGAAGAAAACCACUGAGGAACAACUGAAGAUUGUACAAGCUCCAUAUCUGCACUUAGAAGAAGAUCUGAGGAGCUUAAAACAUGUUCUGGAAAUGAAGAACCAUCAGAUUCACCAACAGGAGAAGAUGAUUAUGGAGCUAGAAAGACAGGCUGAAAAAAAUUUAAUACUGGAAGAAAAAAUCACUGUGCUGCAACAGCAGAACGAAGAACUCCGAGCCAGGAUUGAGCAAAACACUGUCAUAACAAGGCAAUUGUCAGAGGAGAACGCUAAUCUUCAAGAAUAUGUCGAGAAAGAAGUGGAGGAGAAGAAGAAGCUGAGCAGGACUAACGAAGAGCUCCUUUGGAAGCUGCAGGAGGGAGAUGCUGUGAGCCCCGUGAAACUCCCACCUGCAUCAACCACUUCUUUUUAUCGCUGCUCAUCAGGGGACGCCUCUCCAGCAAAAGUCAGAACCUUGAGGCGAUGA